AUGAAAGGUAACAGCAACACGUACUCAGUAGAGCUGAUAGACAUCAUGCCGCCAGUCAUCGGCAGGAGGGUGCGCGUCCACCCCAUCAGCCAUUCCAAAUCGAAAAGGGUCUGUCUCACACUGGAAGUCUACGGAUGCGAUUGGAAAGAUGGUUUGGUAUCAUACAGCAUGUACCAAGGUGAUAGGAGGAGGUCUGACAUGCAUUUGUAUGACCGCAUCUAUGAUGGGCAGAUCAUUACGCAAUCUCAACACGAUGACGACGACGACAACAACAUUAACAACUUCAACAGCAACAAUUUCAUCUCUAAGAAAUACGCCAACAGUGACGCCGACAACAAACACAACAGCCCUACGACCAACAGUAGCCACAGCCUAAACUUCAUCAACUACAUCGACAACAACUUUAUAAACGUCAACCAGCACCACGUCUACCUGACGAAUGGAUUGGGAGCUCUGACGGACGGUGUCAUCGGCACCACAUUCCUCUACAUCAUCAUAAUCAUGCUAGCAGGCCGGUACAUGAAGAUUGGAUCGGCUGGAGGAGGAGACGUGUAUUUGAUAAUUAUGACGAUGAAGUAUGGUGAGCCGAUUGAGAUUAUUUUUAAAUUUGACACGCUGCGAAAGUUUAAAUCUCUGUCUGUACACUGCAACUACGUGCCCAAAAAAGAGGUGUCAUGUUUCUCAUUAGCGAAAAUAUUCUUCAGCUCAGACGGAAAAAAUUAUAAAAAAACACGCUUCAUCGAAUAUUACAACAACAACGACAACAACAACGACACUGAUGAUGACGUCAGAAAACGCGUAAAGUGGGCGGAAGUACCCCUGAAUGAUCACGUGGGCAGUUACUUGAAACUCUGGAUGUACCAUAAGAUGGAGUGGUUGCUCAUUAGUGAGGUCCAAUUCAUUUCAGAUCCUGUCAAAUCGAAUAAUACGUCAUCGCCGACGUCAUCAUCACGUCAACGUAACCAGGGCAACCUUUCCAAAGUUAACUCGGCAACCCGCGAGGCCAGAAAAAAUUUAUUUGACGGAGCGAGUAAUGACGAGAACGCCGUAAGAAAGAACAACAACAACAUCAACAACAACAAUAACAACAUCAACAACAACAACGUCAUCAACGAUGAUUAUUAUGUCAUCAGCGGUGUAGACGACACUAAUGACGCUAAUGAAGAUGGCGACGACGAUGCUCGCCAUCCCCUCCAUAACUCGUCUGUCGAUCGUAAAAAAAAUCAUAAAUAUGACCGUAAAGCCGGAAAUAGAGAUGUACCGAUAGGCGAGAAUAACGAUGAGGACAACAACUACGACGAUGACGAUGACAUCGGUGAUUCCAAUCUAACAAAUGAUGAUAAGAUCAGUGAUAAACUUGUCGUCUUGAAAACGGUUCUCCCUAUGACGACAGACAUGACGUCAUCAGUAGCAGACAGGCAGUCGGAUCAGACAGACAGCAGUACCAGACUGACCGCCAUCGUGGCCGGCCUCAUGUGUGGAACUGUCCUCUGUGUCGUCGUCGUUGUCAUCGUCUUCAUCGUUGGCAGACGGAGAAAACACAGCACCCACGGAUUACUGAGUCCCUAUCAAUCCUCACCCCUAUCAAACAAGCUGGACCCUCCUGCCAGCAAUCCACCGACGCCACCCCUCAUAACCCUUCCCAACGAGCUCCCGACAACUCCACCAAUAUAUUCAAAUGGAUACUCCAGUCCUUCCCCUGUCAAAACUUCAAAAGAUCAAACCGCCUCCAAGCCAUUUUCUCCGGAUAAGUACCCUCCAAAUAAAUCAAUCAACACCCUCCCAAAGCGUCCCACUCGGCAGCAGCAGGAUGAGUUGUCCGUCAACGACACUUAUGAAGAUAUUGGUAACUUUAAGACAUUCACGCCGAUUUUGAAAGCCUCUCGAAACAACAAUUUCAACGAGUCUCCCUACAGUUCUUCGCCGUACAGUCGAGGAGAAGCCGAUCACUUUGAUUCCUCUAGAAUGCCUUUGGACACAUACUUUAGUCGAAACGACGCAACCUCAACCAUUCAUAACAAUUUCGGAGCGGCAAUGUUGCAGGAUCGUGGGAUCAGCAACUACAACCAGCUGAACGACGGCUACUUCAUAAACGACGUCGCCAACAGUAGCAACCCGCACUUUGAUCAGUUCUCACGUUACCGUGUCCAGGAGAACGCAUUCGAUAAUUUUGACACAAACACGACGUCGAAGACUGGCCACUUCAGGUCCAUUCCAAGUGUAAACGCCAGGACAGGCCCCAACUACACAGUACCAAACCAACAUAGGGAGAACAACAUGCCACAAUAUUAAUGCCAUAAUAAACAUUUUUUUCCUACCUAACUAAACAACGAUAUGUGACGUUGGACGAUCAAUUUCAUUAAUUUACAAAACUCACAUGCUGUUAACAGUUAACCAGCUCUGCUUGAGCAAUGCGAAGUGAUGCGGAUAUUAAAGAUGUAACUAUUUAUUGACGUGUGAUACGUGUAAAUUUUUAUAUAGAAAUAUAUAUAUAUAUAUAUUUAUAUAAAUAUAUAUAGUGUACAUUCAAAUAUCAGUGCAUAUUAUUUAAAUUUUUUUUAUAAAUUUAUCGUCUUGAUCAGUUAAAUUUGUAAAUUUGUUUAUUUCGAAAACAUAAUAAAAGGCAUAAUAUUUCAGCUUUUAGAACUUAAAAAGUAAUUUAAAAUUGAUUUGAAAAAUCACAUAAAUCUAUUCAGCACUUUUAACACACACAGACACACACACAAAUACACAUGCUCUGUAUAAAGUUUGAACACAAAAAAACACCAUGUAGACAUUACACAAUUAUAAUUAUAGACAAUGAUAAAUUUGAUUUAGAAUUAAAACAAUUUUAAGUUUUAUUUUACAUUAAAAGUAUAAAAAUGAUGAUUUUUGUUUACAUAUUGUGUUGGAGCAAACCAAAUUUAUAUUGUGAGUGUGCUUGUCAUUGUGAUCAUGUCUGUAUUUAUUUCCAUCGUUUAAAUUUUCGUUGCUUUAUAAAAUGAAGAUUGUUCUUAUUUACUGAGACGUUUACGAUUCAUUUUUCAAUUUACAUUAUAAUUUAUAUAUCUAUAAUAAUCUGGCUUAUGAAUAAUGGUAACUCAUGGUACUUAAUGACACUGUAAUUAAUUACUCCUAUUUAAUUUUAAACACGAAUUAAAUUUUAUUCCAUACAACGAAUGAUCAUAUUUAAAGAUCUCUAUAUAUCCAUUGUACAUAUGCACGCGCACACACACACAAACAUACAUAAUGUAUUUAUGAAAAUACAAUAUAUUUUUAUUGCUUCUAGCUUGCAAUACAUUCUAAAAAUUUUAAAACACCACACUUUAUUUAUGUAUAUAUGUUAUACUUACAUAAUAUAUAUAUAUAUAUAUAUAUAUAUAUAUAUAUAUACAUACAUAUACAUAUAUAUAUAAUUACACCAACAUAUUUAUUUCGAAUAUUUACACGUGUUAAUAAAAGAUUAAAACAGUUAA